CCCAAGUCUCAGUCACCAAUUAUACAUUCUCCUAAGAGAAGAGAUAGGCGGUCACCCAAACGAAGGCAAAGGAGUAUGUCUCCAACCUCGACAGCCAAAGCUGGAAAGAUUCGCCAAUCUGGAUGUAAGCAGUCACAUAUGGAAGACUUUAUGCCACCUUCCAGGGAAGAAAGAAAUGCUAAGAGAAGUACUAAACAGGAUGUUCGAGAUCCAAGGCGAAUAAAGAAGACUGAAGAGGAAUGACCGCAAGAAACUACAAGUCAGCAUUCUACAAAGUCAGGCACUGAACCAAAGGAGAAUGUAGAAAAUUGGUCAAGUUCCAAGUCUAACAAAAGAUGGAAAUCUGGUUGGGGAGAAAAUAAAAGCUUACAACAAGGUGACGACCAUAGUAAAUCUCCUCAUCUAAGGCAUAGGGAAAGCUGGUCAAGCACUAAAGGAAUUUUGUCACCUCGAGCCCCAAAGCAACAGCAUCGAUUAAGUGUAGAUGCCAAUCUUCAGAUUCCUAAAGAGUUAACUCUUGCAAGCAAAAGAGAAUUACUUCAAAAGACGAGUGAACGUUUAGCAUCUGGUGAAAUUACACAGGAUGAGUUCAUUCUUGUUGUGCAUCAAAUUCGACAGCUAUUUCAGUAUCAAGAAGGUGUGCGAGAAGAGCAGAGGUCACCAUUCAAUGAUCGUUUUCCACUUAAGCGACCUAGAUAUGAAGAUGCAGAUAAACCAUUUGUAUGUAGCCCAGCAUCACGAUUUGCCGGCCUCGAUACAAAUCAGCGACUUACAGCGUUUGCUGAAGACAGACCAUUAUUUGAUGGACCUAGUAGGCCAUCAGUAACAAGAGAUGGCCCAACCAAGAUGAUUUUUGAAGGACCUAAUAAAUUAAGCCCUAGAAUUGAUGGACCUCCUGCACCAGGUUCUCUUCGAUUUGAUGGGUCACCUGGACAAAUGGGGGGAGGUGGUCCUUUGAGAUUUGAAGGACCACAAGGUCAGCUAGGAGGCAGGUGUCCUUUGAGAUUUGAAGGUCCUCCAGGACCAGUAGGGACACCUUUGCGGUUUGAAGGGCCAAUUGGUCAAGCAGGCGGAGGUGGUUUUCGGUUUGAAGGUUCCCCUGGUCUGAGGUUUGAGGAAUCUGCAGGUGGGCCUGUGAGUGGACUUAGAUUUGAUAAUCCCAGAGGUCAGCCUGUAAGUGGACAUAGAUUUGAGGGGGGUCAUGGUCCAUCAGGAGUUGCAAUUAGGUUUGAUGGACCUCAUGGUCAACCAGCAGGUGGGAUCAGAUUUGAGGGCCCUUUGCUACAGCAGGGAGUUGGAAUGAGGUUUGAGGGCCCCCAUGGUCAGUCAGUAGCUGAUCUGAGGUUUGAAGGAAAACAUAAUCAACUUGGUGGAAACCUUAGGUUUGAGGGUCCCCAUGGUCAACCAGGGGUUGGGAUCAGGUUUGAGGGUCCUGUACCAGGAAGUGGACUGAGAAUUGAAGGGCCUCUGGGUCAAGGUGGUCCAAGAUUUGAAGAUUGUCAUGCUUUCAGGUUUAAUGGGAAGCCAGAUCAGCCAUCGCUCUUACCAAUAUUUGAUGGAUUACAUGGUCAACCAGGUCCUAGAUUUGAAAGAACUGGUCAACCAGGCCCACAGAGAUUUGAUGGACCACCUGGACAGCAGGUUCAACCAAGAUUUGAUGGUGUUCCUCAAAGAUUUGAUGGUCCACAACACCAGCAAGCAUCAAGGUUUGAUAUUCCCCUUGGUCUUCAAGGAGUACGAUUUGACAAUCAUCCUUCACAAAGGCUUGAAUCUGUUUCUUUCAGUCAGACUGGUCCAUAUAAUGAGCCACCUAGCAAUGCUUUUAAUGCCCCAUCCCAAGGACUGCAAUUCCAAAGACAUGAACAAAUAUUUGAUUCACCUCAAGGACCAAAUUUUAAUGGACCACAUGGCCCUGAGAACCAGAGUUUCUCAAAUCCCCUUAGCAGAGCUUCUGGACACUAUUUUGAUGAAAAGAAUCUUCAAAGUUCUCAAUUUGGAAACUUUGGCAAUUUACCUGCUCCAAUAACAGUAGGAAACAUUCAGGCAUCUCAACAGGUUCUGACUGGUGUUGCUCAACCAGUACCAUUUGGCCAGGGACAACAGUUUUUACCAGUUCAUCCACAAAAUCCUGGAGCAUUUGUUCAGAAUCCUUCAGGAGCCCUUCCUAAGGCAUAUCCUGAUAAUCACCUCAGUCAGGUGGAUGUAAAUGAAUUAUUUUCAAAACUGCUAAAAACAGGAAUUCUCAAAUUGUCCCAGCCUGAUUCAGCUACAACACAAGUAAAUGAAGUUGCUGCUCAGCCUCCCGCUGAAGAGGAGGAAGAUCAAAAUGAAGAUCAAGAUGUUCCAGAUCUUACCAAUUUUACAAUUGAAGAGUUAAAACAACGUUAUGAUAGUGUUAUAAAUAGACUGUACACUGGUAUUCAGUGUUACUCUUGUGGAAUGAGGUUUACAACAUCACAGACAGAUGUUUAUGCAAAUCACUUGGACUGGCAUUAUCGGCAAAAUAGAACUGAAAAAGACGUUAGCAGAAAAGUCACUCAUAGACGUUGGUACUACAGUUUAACAGACUGGAUAGAAUUUGAGGAAAUAGCUGAUUUGGAAGAAUGUGCAAAGAACCAGUUUUUUGAAAAGGUGCAUGAAGAAGUUGUGCUCAAAACUCAGGAAGCUGCUAAAGAAAAGGAGUUCCAAAGUGUACCGGCAGGGCCAGCUGGAGCAGUGGAGAGUUGUGAAAUCUGUCAAGAACAAUUUGAACAAAUCUGGGAUGAAGAAGAGGAGGAGUGGCAUUUAAAGAAUGCCAUUAGAGUGGAUGGAAAGGUUUAUCAUCCAUCAUGUUAUGAGGAUUAUCAAAAUACAUCUUCAUUUGAUUGUACACCAUCUCCCAGCAAGACACCAGUUGAAAACCCUUUGAACAUUAUGUUGAACAUUGUCAAAAAUGAAUUGCAGGAACCCUGUGAAAGUCCCAAAGUUAAGGAAGAACAAAUUGAUACCCCACCAGCUUGUACAGAGGAGAGCAUAGCAACACCCACUGAAAUUAAAACUGAAAAUGAUACAGUUGAGUCAGUUUAAAUAAAAUGAGAAAG